UCCUCAUCCUCCUGCUGCUCCUGCUGCUGCUCCUCCUCUCCUCUCCAUGCCGGAGCUCGGCUCCUCCGGGCUGCCAUGGCGAAGAUCCGGGUCUCGUACGAGUACUCCGAGGCGGAGGACAAGAGCAUCCGUCUGGGUCUGUUCCUGAUCGCCUGCGGGAUCCUGAGCCUCUUCAUCCUGGGCUUCUGCUGGCUCAGUCCGACCCUGCAGAGUCUGGAGAGCAAAGCUGCCAACUGCACGGUGGUGUCGGUCCUGCGUCCUGAGGAGAUGUUUGAGUGUGUGUUCACCUGCGGGGCGGACUGUAAGGGGACGUCCCUCUACCCCUGCCUGCAGGUCUUCGUCAACAACUCUGAGUCCAACUCUGUGGUUCUGCUGCACCACAACGAGCAGCAGCUGGUCCUCAACCCCAAG